AUGUCAGCAUUAACUCGUCUUACAAUGUCAUCACCAUCGGCUCUAUGCCGUCUUGGUCAACUGUUGGCUAGCCGACAAGUUAUCUUUCAACAACAAUUACCAAUCUUGAGUAUGGCCAGUUCAAUGAUGGUGCCAGCACAACGCACAAUUGCCACAUCAGCUGUACGUCGUGACAUCGACUCAGCUGCUAAAUACAUCGGAGCCGGUGCAGCAACUGUUGGUGUAGCCGGUGCUGGUGCAGGUAUUGGAACAGUGUUUGGUUCAUUAGUCGUUGCUUAUGCACGUAAUCCAAGUUUAAAACAACAACUUUUCUCUUAUGCCAUUCUUGGUUUUGCUCUUUCUGAAGCCAUGGGUCUUUUUUGCCUGAUGAUGGCUUUCAUGCUUCUAUUUGCUUUCUAA